AUGCCGCAGCGGUUGCUCACACCUCCGGUGGCGAUGCCGACAGAAACCACAAAGCGCAAGUACAUCUUCGUCGACGGCCCGGUGGACCCCAACGUGACGCUCAUUCGCUACGACGUCCCGUUUGCGCCGUCAGACGCAAAGCGGUCGUGCAGACUCCGCCAGCGUCUCGGCCUCCAAAACGAGGCGCGCACCGUAGACCCCAACGUGCGCGUGGUGAUCGACACCUUCAUCACGCCGCGGGCGUGGCGCGACGAGGCCGGCGUGUUGUGGGUGCAGCACGGCAGCCCGUACCCCGCGUCCCGCACCGACACCGUCGAGACGCACGAGAAACUCCGCCGGCGGCUGGAGGAGACGGGGGCGAAGCGCACCGGCGUAUGCCCAAUACGCUCCCUGCUACUGGCGGAGUGCUUUCUUGAGGUGAUUCGUCAAGUGACGGCGGAGUGUUGGGAGCGCGGGCUGCUGCUGCUCAGCAUUCACUCAGAGCGCACCGCUGCGCAGACGGCCCAUCGGGAAUUGUUUGAGUCACGUGUCGGACAUGCCUUUCGGCUGGCGCUGAAGGGAGAGAAGGACACCAGCCGUGUGCUGCAGGACAUUGAAAAAUUGCGGCAGCGAGUGGAAGAGUUGGCGGAGGAGGAAAAGAUGCUGCGACAGAAGUGCGAUGAGUUGUCCGCUAAGGGGGAGGAGCAGAUGUUGAUUCUAGAGAAGCAGCACGGCGACGAGAUCGCGGCGAUCAAGAAGGAGGGGCAGCAGAAGCGCAACCAGCUGGAGAGUAUGAUAGCGGUGCCCGUGCCAAUAUAA